GGUAUUUGGCCCAAUGCUUGGCUAAACCUCUCUGUAUCCAGCUUCUUUGGCAACUCAGAACACAACCAGUCCUCCAAGGGGAAACAGCUGUAGCCUCUUAUUGGACUGUUCAUGAGUUUAGAUACUCUUACAUGGUUAAACACAUGAUAAAUUAGACCAUGAACCAAUUUCAUUCCAGAAGUAGCUGAAACCAGCACGCUUCCACUGCCUACACCUGCCCUAGGCUCUGUGAAAGACCCAGUGUUUGCCAUUUUAACCCAGAUCAACACUGCCAACUUUCCACUCUUCAACACCCACAAUAGCACAGACCAAUACACCAUGGGAAAUGAAACCACAGACUACAUGGACUGGUCAGUGACAACAGAAAUAGACUAUGGCGAUUCGGCACCAUGCAUGGGAACUGAGGAAAAGCACUUUGCAGCAAAAUUUUUGCCACCUCUUUAUUCUUUAGUGGUGAUAUUUGGCCUGACAGGCAACCUGCUUGUUGUCCUUAUCCUGGUCAAAUACAAGAGGCUGAAGAGUAUGACUGACAUCUACCUGCUCAACUUGGCAAUUUCUGAUCUGCUGUUCGUGUUUUCUCUCCCCUUCUGGGCUUAUUACGCAGUUCACGACUGGAUUUUUGGGGAGGCGCUCUGUCGAAUUCUGUCAGGUGUCUACCUCCUUGGCUUCUACAGUGGCAUCUUCUUCAUAAUCCUGCUGACCCUGGACAGGUACCUGGCCAUAGUGCACGCGGUGUUUGCUUUGAAGGCCAGGACAGUUACCUACGGCAUCCUCACCAGCGUCGUCACCUGGGCUGUUGCUGUUUUGGCUUCUGUGCCUGGGGUACUAUUUCAGAAAACUCAGAAGGAAAGUAUAGGCUAUACAUGCAGUGCUCAUUAUCCAAGUGAUUCCAUGAUAAAUUGGAAGUACUCUUUUAUUCUAAAGAUGAACAUCCUGGGACUUAUUGUUCCAAUGCUCAUUAUGAUUUUCAGUUACUCACAAAUUCUAAAAACAUUGUUGAGAUCCAAAAAUGAGAAAAAACAGAAGGCAGUCAGACUUAUUUUUGUAAUCAUGAUUUUUUACUUCAUCUUCUGGACACCAUUCCAUAUUUCUUCUUUUUUGCAUGCAUUUCAAAAUCCACUAUUCACCCCAACUUGUGAACUUCAAAGUCAGCUGGAGAAAGCAAUUCAAGUUACAGAAACAAUCUCAAUGAUCCACUGUUGCAUUAAUCCUGUGAUCUAUGUAUUUGUUGGAGAAAAAUUUAGGGCAUAUCUUUAUAUCUUUUUCCGAAAGCAAGUUGCACCUCACCUCUGCAAAAAAUGUCCAAGUCUGUAUCGUGAAAAGUUGGAAAGAGCCAGUUCCACAUUCACACAAUCCACUGCGGAGCACGACAUCUCUACUGGACUGUAAAAGUACAUCAGAACAUUAAUUAAUAAAUUUUGCAUCACUUGCUUUGCCUUAAGGAGUGGCACAUCCUUAAGGCAUCCUGGGUCACAUCAAGAUUUAAAUAGGGCCCAGACAAAUAUGAUGGUGCUUUUUUACAAAAAUCUAUCCACUGAGGUUUAUUGAGAGGGGAAUACAAUAUUGACAAGUCUAAGGGGUAAUAAGAUCACAAGAUCCUCCUGGGACCAUUUAACUCAAGAAUUUUUUUGUUCUGCCAAUAGUGCAGUCAUUUUUAAACAUAAUCCUUUAACAGCUAUUACUAAGUUAUAGCAUUUUGGUUUUCGCUUUUUAAUUUUAUGUCUGCCAUAUCACCAUUCAGUUGCUUUUUUCCAAAUAGUGGUUUUAAUCAGCAACAUUGUGAUUUUUGUGGGUGCAAUUCUUCAAGCAAGUUUACUGACUGUACAACAAGACAAUGAUGCACUCCUAAAAAGUGUGAGCUUGCUUCUGACAAUUCAUAUCCCUCCAAGAAAAAAAUAAAACAAAACUAAACUAAACCAAUAAGGGCCCUUCAGUAAAGAUCUGCAAGACCUGAAUGAAAAUUACCUUGGUGUGUGAAAUGCAAGUUUCUGUAUGAUCAAAACAUCAGGACCCUCUGAAGGAUGUGAGCACAGUACUGAGAGCAAGCCUCCCUAGUUCUGGACAGGUAAAUCAUGUGCAGAAGAAGAGUUGACACAGCAACACAUUACACUGGUGCUCAGGUUAGGCUCCUGCAUGGGAAAAACAUGCUCUUCACAUGCACAGCAACUCUCCCUUUUGGGAUACGCUUCUAGGAAGACAGUGGCCUUGGAACUGCAAAAUCAGCCACUUCCAGACAAGGCAUAUCUUCCUACCUUCCCGGGAGAAGAGUGCCUCUUGCCAGCUGGUGCCUCAGUGAGACCUGCAUGCUGAUUGAAGACUCGAGACCCUUGGCCUUCUGGUGUACAACGGCCAUAUAUUUAUUCCACCAUUGAGAGCUUCCCUGUAAAAGAAAGGAAUUCUAUGGACAUGGAGUUAGCAAAGAAGAGGAAGAAGGAGCAUAGUAGAGAAUUUCCUACUUCAAACUGUAAAGAAGUGCAGGUGAGCACUCCUUACGCAAGUGAGCUGGCCUUCUGGUUUUUUUCCCUUUACUUUGGAAGGGCACAGCUCAUGUGUGCAAGGACUUGCUCAUGAAAAUCUGGAAGGGCAGGUUCAACUAACCUCCAGCAAGGACACCAGAGGGAAUUCCAUGCUACUUAAGGUCAGGCAUGUGAUGUAGAUGCCUGAAUUAACAGCAAAUCUCUUCAAGGUCCCUCAGUGGUCAGUAGAGAAUAAGAAGUGCCUGAGCCAGAAGCAGUCAUGGGAUUUAGUCUCAGGGGAAGAUUAACUGUCCAACUGUGGAAGGAACCUGAAAAUGUCAGCCUCUUAAUUUGGCUAUCAGAUGCCUUAAUCUAGGUGGUGCAAAUAUUCUUCUUGCUAUUGCCUUAAAAUGCCUGGGCACUGCUUCUGUUUGUUAGCUUUUAUCCCAUCAGCUAUUGUAUCCUUGUGAGGUUAAUAGCCACUAUUAACCUCACAAGGUUAUCAAAGACCAAACUAUCCUCACAGUAAACUUUCUGGUGUAAAAAUAGUAGUUUUUCUUUCUUUCCUGCUUUCUUUACUGAAACAAUGUGAAAGCACCUUUUUCAUUUUAAAGCAUAAAUUAGUUCAGUGCAAUACAAAUCUGACUGUAACAGUGAUAUUUCUAUUGCUGUGUUUAACUGUAAAUCCUUCUCUUGUUGGAAUUAAAUUUCUUCCUGUUUUCAUGUUAAUGCAGUGAAAUUAUUAAAAUCAGU